AUAGAGAGUCUGUAUUACAGUAGAAAUAUCUGAUAAAUAUUUUUACUUUAAAUUAAUUACUAAUUAUUAGUCAAAUUGUAAAUUGCAUUCAAAACAAGACAACACUCUUACCACUCAUUUAUUUGUUUAUAUCAUUGAUUUUUGAUGUCAUAAUGACUGAAGAAGUGGACGACAAAGUUAACAAUGACAGCAAAGAAGAGGUCAUAAACAAUGUCAACAAAGACACAAUCAAAAGCAGUACAACAACUAAGAACACUUCAUCGACAGUUAAGAAGGAUAAGACAAAGGAUUUGCCGCAAACCAGAGUAGUAAUUCGUCAUUUGCCACCAACUAUGACAUCGGAACAGUUUAUUGAAGCCAUAUCUCCGACUCCCGAUUACAAUGAAUAUUACUUUUGCAAAUCAGAUCCCAGUUUAGGAGUGUUUGCCUUUUGUCGGGCGUAUAUUAACUUUAUUCAAGUGGAGGACGUGUUUAUAUUUAAGGAUAAAUUUGAUGGCUAUGUCUUUAUUGACACAAAAGGCAACGAAUAUCAGGCAAUUGUUGAGUUCGCACCUUAUUAUAAAACAAUCCGAUGUCGAGUUGGUCCAAAUGGUCAACCAAUUUCAUGCAGAAAACGGGACAACAAGUGCGGGACUAUAGAACAGGACACUGAAUAUCUGGAAUUUCUUGAAAAGUUAGACAAAAUGAAGAACGAGACUAAUAUGCCAUCGGCUGACGUAUAUCUCGAAGAAAUUGAAGCCAGAGAUAAACAACUAAAGGCCAAUCACGGAGUCCUAAAAGUGACCACUCCUUUGAUUGAGUUCCUCAGGAAUAAGAAAGAAAAAAAUAGAAUUAAAGACGAAAGACGUGAAGAAAGAAGACGAAAGAGACUUCAAGAAGAAGAAAAACGUCGAAAACAUAAGGAAGAGAAACGAAAGAAAGAAAUUGAAGAAAGAUUGACGAAGAAAGAAGAAGAUAAGAUACGAAUCAAAACUAGAGAUUUGGAGAAUAAAAAUGAAUCUAAAAAUUCUGAUAAUAAAAGUGAUAAAAAAGAUGUCAAAUUGUCUGAAAGUGCGAAGAAAUAUGAUUCAAAAAAAUCCGAUAAAAAACCGAAUCGAAACCGAACUGAUUAUAAAUCAAAGACCAGUUCAGCUAAUCCUUCCAAAGCAACUGAUCAGACAUUUGUAGUGAAAAUGGUUACCGAAAAGAAACUGAACUCUCGUAUCAGUGAUAAUAAUGAAACAAUUAAAGAAAAAAGUGAAGAAAAGAGCAAAUCUAGUGAACAACCUCUGUAUGAAAGUAGCAAAACUAGUGGUGUUGCAGAAGACAAAAAACGAAGUACAUCUAAGACAUCAUUGGAAACAAGAAAAGAGAGAAUUCGUAAUAAAGAUCGUCCGACCCGUGAAAUCUAUAGACCCGGUUCUAAACGUACACAAAACGAUAGUACAGCUGAGGGAUCACAUCAAAGUACCAGUGAUUCACAAAAGACCAGUUCCAACAAACCGGACUCAAACAAUGUAAGUACUGGUUAUAAACAAAGAAUAUUCUCGCGUUCAAAGCAAUGA